AUGGGUAGCAUAGAACUAGUUGAGAAAGUUGUAAUUGUUCCUGAUCAACCAACACCCUCUAAGAGAAUGUUCUUGUCAAAUAUUGACCUGUCCCUUGUUGUUUUCCAAGAUUCUGCCUCCUUUUUUGAUCCUCCAAGUAGCCAAAUGAGCUUUUCUUAUAUUUGUAGCAAAUUUUACAGUGCACUUAGCAAAAUGCUUGUGCAUUAUUACUUUAUGGCUGGUAGGCUAGUGCCAAGUUUGGAGGAGAAUCAUCGGUUUGAAAUAGACUGUAAUGAUGCUGGUAUUGUGGUUGCUGCUGCAAAAACUACUAAGAAAUUGAGUGACUUUGGUGUUAUUUCUGCACCUAAUCCCGAGUUAAGGGAAUUAGUUGUUUUCUUACAUGAAGAGGGCAAAGAAGAAACUGACCUGAAAGAAAAGCCCCUUGUAUCCUUACAGCUAACACAGUUUGGAUGUGGAAGUUUGGCACUUGCUUCUCACUACAACCAUUGCACACUGGAUGGGAUAUCAGUAAGAGAUUUUGAGGUGAAUUUGGCUGCAUUAACGAGUGGUGAUGACCUCAUUGUAGUACCUAAUGCAGAUAGGACACUGCUAAGAGCUAGAAACCCUCCAAUGAUAAGUCAUCCACAUUUUGAGUAUUCAAAAUCUUCUGACACAGAGAACUCUUUCACUAUCCGUGGUACAAGUGGUACAAAUGUUAGACAAUCCAUGGCAGAUAAUCAAAUUCAUAUGCUUUAUUUAUCACCACAACAAAUUGCCAGCUUCAAAAAGAAAGCUCUCAAGGAUAGCAACUUGAAGACCAGCACCACUUUUCAAGUUGUUGCUGCAAAAAUAUGGAAGGCAAGAAGUAUUGCAACAAAGAUGCCAAAAGAUAAAGUAUCCACAAUGUUGUUCCCAGUAGAUGUUAGGAAAAGGAUUGUUCCUGAACUUCCAAAUGGGUUUGCAGGUAAUGCAUUGGUUCCUGGCUUUGCAAGAGCAACUGUGAAGGAGCUCAUGGAAUUAGAAGAUGCUUGUCACAUAAGGAAAGUGCAAGAAGGGAUUGAAAGAUUGGAUGAUGAGUACAUUAAGUCAGGUAUAGAUUGGUUAGAGGUGAAUAAAGGGUUUCCUUGCAAUGAUGAUAGUUUCUCCUUGGUUGCAUGGUGGAGAUUGGGCCUAGAGGAGCAACUUUUUGCAUGGGGUAAACUAAAAUGUGCCACUCCACUUGCAGUUAAGCCUGGUUUGGUCAUGCUUUUGCCAGGGUCACAACAUGAAGGAGGUCUUAAUAUAUGCCUUGAUUUACCUGAGGAUCAAAUGCAAGAGUUUUGUAGGUUAAUGCUAGAAAUUUAG